GAAAGAAAAAAGAUCGCAAAGUUGAAUUUCCGGCCGGCCGCCCGCCGCAACUAUGGAAGGUGAAGACGAUAAUAAGAAUAUGAUGAUGAGUAAAUUCAUGGUUGGUUCUAUUCCAUCUGUGUACUACAUCCCAGACUUCAUCACAGAGCAAGAGCAAGUGCAGCUGCUAGAUAAUAUCACUCAUGCCCCUAUUGCCAAAUGGAAAUCAUUGAAGAACAGGAGACUGCAAAAUUGGGGAGGUGUUGUCCAUGAAAAGGGUCUCCUUCCCCAAGAUUUGCCUCCUUGGUUGACAAAUAUGACACUCAGAAUAUCCAAAGCAUCGAUGGGCUUUUUCCCUUGUGCAAUCAAUCAUGUUCUCAUCAACGAAUAUCUACCUGAUCAAGGCAUAAUGCCUCACCAGGAUGGACCUGCUUAUUUUCCGGUUGUAGCAAUCUUGUCACUUGAAUCACCUGUUGUUAUGGAUUUUACUCCCCAUUCUUUACCAAGCAGCAGCAGCAGCAACAACAACAACACUCCUUUUUCUGUCCUACUGAUGCCUCGAAGUUUGCUUAUAUUUAAAGAUCAGGCUUACUCAGAUUAUUUACAUGGUAUAAAGGAUUGUGAGGUGCAUCAUUUUAAGGAGUCUGUGAAUCUUACUGAUCGGGAUUUGAAGCGCUUACUAGAACGAGAGGAAGGAAACGCCACUGAGAUCCACAGAUCUACAUAGAGGAUUUCGCUAACCUGUCGCGUGGUAUCAAAGGUGUAUAAAAAUCUUUUCAAGUUGAAGUAGUUACAAUUUGUCACCUCCCUCCUUCCCUUAGAAU